AUGUCGUCAGGCACGGAUAUAUAUUCCAAUGUGGAGCCAUCAAAGGUGGUCACGGGUGUCCCUGUCUUCACACCCACCAUGGAGCAGUUUAAAGAUUUUGAAAAGUACAUGAAAGCUGUCAAUAAGUUUGGUAUGCAAUCAGGUAUAGUGAAAGUUGUACCACCAAAGGAAUGGAUAGAGUCAUCUACAAAAGUGACAACUGAAGCGCUUAAGUCUAUCAAGAUCAGAAAUCCAAUCGUUCAACAUAUAAACGGGAAUAAUGGUGUUUUCGGUCAACAGAAUAUUGAGAAACAGAGAACUUUUAAUAUUGUACAAUGGAAAGCACUUUCGGAACAACCAGAGAAUCAACCACCUGCACCAAGAGGUAAAGCAAGAAAUCCAAAUACAAACGCAAAAUUGAAUAAAAAGAUAUUGGCAAAUAAGAAUCAUAAUGAUGAGAGUCUUUUUGAAGGGUUUGAUUAUAACAUAGACACAUCAGAAUUUACACCAGAAAGAUGUGAAGCAUUAGAAAGAUCUUACUGGAAGUCACUUACAUAUGCUCAGCCAAUGUAUGGGGCUGAUAUGAUCGGGUCUAUAUUUGAUGACACCGUUAAAGUCUGGAACGUUGCUCAUUUGCCAAAUGCUUUGGAUUUUAUGGAUCAAAAACUACCAGGUGUUAAUGAUGCAUAUCUUUACGCUGGUCUUUGGAAAGCUACAUUUUCAUGGCAUUUAGAAGAUCAGGAUUUGUAUUCGAUUAAUUAUAUUCAUUUUGGGGCGCCAAAGCAAUGGUAUUCCAUACCACAAGCUUCAAAAGAUAGAUUUGAUGAAGUCAUGAGAGAUACAUUCACAGAAGACUAUAAAAAUUGCCCUGACUUCUUGCGUCACAAGACAUUUUUGGUAUCACCAGCCUUUUUAGAAGCUAGAGGUGUCACUGUCAAUAGGAUUGUUCAUAAUCAGCAAGAGUUUAUGAUUACCUAUCCUUACGGUUACCAUGCUGGGAUGAACUUCGGCUAUAACGUUGCAGAAUCUGUUAAUUUUGCUAUUGAUGAAUGGUUUGAAUAUGGGCUUAAAACAUCAAAGUGCCUUUGCGUUCCAGAUGCUGUUGAUAUUGAUGCCGCAAGAUUAUUGAGAAGAGUAAAAGGUGAACCAGAGCCAGAGCCAGAAUCAGAUUCAGAGCCGGAACUAGUGGGGCCUGAUGAUGAUACAGAUAAAUUACCAGAGUUGAUCCAUGAAAAUGACUUCAACAGCUUUACGAGUCAGUCCUCCAUAGAAACUCAAAGAGAAGCGCCACUUCGUCUUUCAGAAAAACAAUAUACUAGCCCAAACAAAAAGAGAAGAUUAUCAGUUACCAUCAAAACUACCAGCACCAAGGACACUGAAAAGAAACACAAAGGUCCCCAAUGUAUCCUUUGUCCAAAUAAUCUUUCAUUUAAACAAACCAAAUCCUACGAUUUUGAGCUUUUGAAAACGGAAGAUCAUUCAAUUGGUGGCAAACCAGCAUUUGUUCAUAGAAUUUGUUCAAGAUUUAUACCAGAAACUCAAGCAAUAAUUGAUAUUGAACAAGGUGAAUAUGUAUCAGGUAUACAAGACAUCCCUAAUGCAAGAAAAAAUUUAAAAUGUGGCUUUUGUCAUCUUAAAGGUGGUGCUUGUUUCCAAUGUUCAGAUUUAAAAUGUAAAAGAGCAUAUCAUGCAACAUGUGCUUUACCAUCAGGAGUUCAUAUAGUCAAUGAUGAUGAGUUUUAUUGUAAAUUCCACAAGGUCAAGCCUGAUAAUAAUUAUGAGUAUUUAUCAUCACUUCAUUUAGGUGAUUUAAUCCAAGCUAAAUUUAAUGACUAUUUUGCUGGUACAAUAGUUGCUAAUAAUAAAAGUGAAGCUUCGGUUACAAUUGAUAUAUAUCCUACCGUUGAAUCUACUAGAAACUUGCUGGAGGUCCCAUAUGAGUCAAUAUGUCCACAAGGUGUGAAGAUUAGACAAAAAGCGAGAAGGGGUAAAAAAUUGAAAAGUCCUUCACCUGAAAUUGAACAAAUCGCCAGUAUACCAGAGCUUAAACAAAAGCAGGAACUUGAGGCUUCACCACCACUAGAUCUGAAUGAUGAUCGUCAUAAAUCUUCAAAUGAGAACUAUAACGAUAUCAAAUGGGCACAUGAAUUUUUCAAGAACAGAGAAGUCAUUACCGUACCAAAUAUUAAUACACAAGAGCUGUGGUAUUAUAAACCUGGACACUCGACAGAUCAAAUUGCAAGAUUUUCCAAUGAUAUCAAUAUCAAAGAACCUAAUGACCCAUUGUCAAUCAGAUAUUAUCGUCGUAAAAAUGGUAUUCAAAAUAAGAAGAUACAACCACCUAUAAUACCAAUUGUUCCAAAAAAAUCACAUUCACCACCAUUGCACGUUGAAAAUAAGUAUUUACCUUCUUCACUAAAUCAAAAUUACAUACCUUUCACCCAUCCAUCACCUGCCGACCACAGCUUAAAUCAUGAAUUACCACAGUCAAACAUGAUAAACUUGCUACCACAAACAAUGACUCCUCCUCCACAAUGGAAUAUUUUAAACCCACCAGAAAACCAAUUUGGACCUAUUAAUGAUAUCAAUAACCACGGGUUUCAACUAAAUCAUAAAUAA